AUGUCGAAAGAUGCGUAUGCGCCGUAUAUUCGAUCAUACCGUAACAGUUUUAGCGCCGUAGCUCAAUUUUUAUAUGUCGUAACUCGAUCGAACGAAUCAGAAAAUCCUUCAACUAGAUACUUGAUUCGCAAAGUGUUGCUAUUAGAUUCAGAUACUAAGAGUGUGUCUUCUGAUUAA